GUGUAUGAAGUAUAUUUUACUUUUCUAAACAAAAGUUUCAGUGCUUCUCAGCAUUUCAAAGAGUUCACAUCAAAUUAAAAAAUAAAAACUUAACUGCGAUGGAUGAAACGAAAGUUAUUAAUAAAAGUUCAUUGCCAAAUAAAGUUUAUGAGAAAGUUCUUAAUGAAAUAAUUGAGAAUAACUUAGGAAAGUCGAGUGAUGAGUUUAAAAUAAUUUGCAGUGCUGGAUCUGAGAAUGGCGAUGGCUAUGUUGGAGAAAUGUACAGAAUAAGGGUAGUCGAUAAAGAAACAAACGAAGACAAACUAAAUUUGAUAGUUAAAGUUCCACCAGAGAAUCCUGUCCGUCGUGAUCAAAUGUUUAUUAAAGCUAAUGUAAUAUUUGAACGAGAAGCUGACUUCUAUGAUAAUGUCUAUCCAACGUAUACAAAGUUUCAAGAAGAUAAAGGCAUUGAUGUUGAAAAGGAAGGAUUUCAUGAAGUUCCAAUUUGCUAUAAAACUUUGACUGAGGAACCUUAUGAAGGUAUUUUUAUGGAAGAUUUGAAAGCAAGUGGAUUCGAUAUGUUUGAUCUACGUAAGGAUUUAACAAAAGAUCACGUCUUUCUCGUAAUGAAAGCUCUAGCAAAAAUGCAUGCAAUCUUCUACAGUAUUAAGGAUCAAAAUCCAGAAUGGACUGUAAAAUAUAAAACACAAAAAGAUCUAUUCAUCUUAAUGACAGAAAAAGGAAAAUCACCAAUGGAUCCCUGGUUUGAAAGUAUGAAAAAGCAGGCACUUAAGGUCAUCAAUGAAAGCGAGAACACUGAUAUGGUUGAGAAGAUUAACAAAUUGCUGAAUAAUAAAUUUAACAAAUUGAUUGAAAAUUGCUUUGACCUUGAAAAAGCUGAGCCAUAUGCGACGUUAUGUCAUGGAGACUGCUGGAACAACAACAUGCUUUUCAGAUUUGAUGAUAACGAAAUGCCUCUUGAACUUAAAUUUGUCGAUUUUCAAGUUAUUAGGUAUGUAUCGCCAGUUUGUGACUUAGUUUACUACAUUUUCUGCGGCACAACAAAGGAAUUGAGAGAUGAGCACUAUCAAGAUUUCCUGAAUGUUUACUAUGAGGAGCUUACAUCCUAUAUAAGAAGAUUAGGUUCCGAUCCUGAAAAGCUGUUUCCAAGAAAAGCUUUUGAGCAUCAUUUAAAAGUUUUUGGACAUUUUGGAUUGCUAAUGGCAUUGAUGACACUUCCAAUAUUCACAAGCGAUUCGAAGGAAGCACCAAACAUGGAUGAAUUAGCUGAACAAUUUGUCAAGAUGGGAGAAUCAAGUGAAGUUGAUGAGAAUGCUUUUCAUUUCACAAAAAUACGGAAUCAAAACAGAUACGAUGCUCGAAUCUUGGGAGUAUGUAAUGAUAUGGUUGAGUUGGGAUAUGUAUAAUCUGAUAUGAUCAAUUUACACAAUAUUAUAGUUUAAUAAAUUGUUAAUUUUU